AUGAAGUCUAAGGCCAGUUGUGCCCAGAACCCAAGUUGUAGCAUAAUGAUAUUUCAUCCAACCAAAGAAGAGUUUAAUGAUUUUGAUAAAUAUAUUGCGUACAUAGAAUCCCAAGGUGCACACCGAGCUGGGCUGGCUAAGAUAAUUCCACCCAAGGAAUGGAAAGCCAGACAGACCUACGACGAUAUCAAUGACAUCUUAAUAGCCACUCCCCUCCAGCAGGUGGCCUCUGGGCGGGCAGGUGUAUUUACUCAAUACCACAAAAAGAAGAAAGCCAUGACCGUGGGGGAGUACCGCCACUUGGCAAACAGUGACAGGUAUCAGACCCCACCACACUCAGAUUUUGAGGAUUUAGAAAGAAAAUAUUGGAAAACCCGCCUCUAUGAUUCACCCAUCUAUGGUGCUGACAUCAGUGGCUCCUUAUUUGAUGAAAACACCGAACAAUGGAACCUGGGACACCUAGGAACCAUUCAGGACCUGUUGGAGCAGGAGUGUGGAGUGGUCAUCCAAGGCGUCAACACACCCUACCUGUACUUUGGCAUGUGGAAGACCACGUUCGCUUGGCACACGGAGGACAUGGACCUCUACAGCAUCAACUACCUGCACUUCGGGGAGCCCAAAACGUGGUACGCGGUGCCCCCAGAGCACGGCCAGCGCCUGGAACGCCUGGCCAGGCAGCUGUUCCCCGGCAGUUCCCGGAGCUGUGAGGCCUUCAUGCGGCACAAGGUGGCUCUCAUCUCGCCCACUGUCCUCAAGGACAACGGGAUCCCCUUCAGUCGGAUCACUCAGGAGGCUGGAGAGUUCAUGGUGACCUUUCCCUAUGGCUACCACGCUGGCUUCAACCACGGCUUCAACUGCGCCGAAGCCAUCAAUUUCGCCACCCCGCGGUGGAUCGAUUAUGGCAAAGCGGCCUCUCAGUGCAGCUGCGGGGAGGCCAGGGUCAGCUUUUCCAUGGAUGCCUUCGUGCGCAUCCUGCAACCGGCGCGCUACGAGCUGUGGAAACGCGGGCAGGACCGGGCUGUGCUGGACCACACGGAGCCCACGGCGCCGGGCAGCCAGGAGCUGAGCGCCUGGAGGGAGGUCCGGGCGCCCGGGAGAGCGGCGCUGGGCCUGAGGCACCUCCCGGCCCGCCGGGCCCCGGGCCCGGCUGUGGCUGCGGGCGGUGGGACCCGCCACCGCGCCCUUGGGCACCGGGCAUCCCCGCGCCCCUCGCCGGCCCGCGCUUCUUCCUCUGCCGCCAAGCCCUGGGCCACCGCCGCCCGCAGCUCCCCGGAACCCGGCCCAGCCCCGCCGCCGAGCCUGGGGCAGUCUGCCAGGGAUGUCCACCCCUCAACUGGCAGACGAGGUCGCGGUCGUCGUCCUCGGGAACAGGGCGCUCAAGAGCCCAUUGCUCAGGUCCCGGCCAAGAGGCGCCUUCUGGCGGACACAGCGCGCACAGCUCCGGAGCCCGAGGCUCAGCCCCUGCCUGCGGAUGGAUCCUCAGUGGAGAACCCUGCAGCGCUGAGCCCUGGGCCCCAGCAUCCUGCUAAGGCUUCCGGGUGCUGCUGCGCCCCUGUCCCCUAAGCCAAGGAGACGUCUUUGUACCCCACUGCUCGCUGAGACUGGUCGCAUUUACAUCUCAGAGCUUUGGGCGAGUUUGCAGGUCACCGGUCUUGCAUGAGAGAGUCCCUCUGGUGCUGGACGUGCUGAGUCCGUGCUAUUUACCAAGUUCGCCAUAGUUUGUUCUUCCUCUCAAACCCUUGAAUGUCUUUGGACACUGCUAACUCCUGUGUCGCCACCUCAGGUUUCAUCCACUGGACGCUCUUGUGUCUGCGAACUAGGUUCUGCGGAGGUUGCCGGAGGCCGAUCCACCCCCAGACGCCCAUCCACUGGGCAACUCUGGAGGCUGC